AUGCUAGGCCGGUCGGUCGGCGAAUCACUGGGGGUGUACCUAACCCCUCUGCCCUCGAACAAUAACCCUUUGCCUCCCCAAAUCAAUUAUGCUGCUGCACUGACGAAUCGCGAGACAACGAAGAAAUCGAAGUUUGUAAGAUUGGAACCUCGACCCUUUGAGAUAGUGGAUGGGAAGGCUAAAGUGGUUUUCUUGACAACGGAGGACAAAUUAUUGGUGGAGAAGUGCAAACUAACUUUAGUGGGAAAGUUCUCUCGAACUCGCCCCCAAAUCGACAAACUUAGGGAAGACUUUAAAAGGUCCUACCCGUUGAAGGGGACCUUCAAGAUUGGAGCAUAUGACUGGAGACAUAUCUUCAUUGACUUCACGGAUGAGGAUGACUUCAAACGAUUUGAUGGAAAGAAUACUCUGCAUUUAUGUGGGGCACAUAUGAGACUACAAAGAUGGACUCGCAAAUUCAAAGUGGCAAUGGAGUCGACCUUGGCGCCAGUGUGGGUGACGCUCCCAGACCUGCCAUGGCACUACCAUGACUGGGCAGCGAUUGAGAGAAUCUUGGAACCAAUUGGACCACUGAUUGCUCUAGACAAGGCUACCAUAGCAAGGACUAGACCCACGACGGCAAAGGCUAGGGUGGAAAUAGACCUAUCUCGGCCAAGACUGAACGAGAUAGAGGUUGCUCUAGUUGAUGACACUGGCGAGUUAGACACCUUUAACCAAAUCAUUGAAUACGAGAAUGCCCCGGAGUUCUGCUUCUUCUGUAAAGUUCAAGGCCACUCGGAUGGGUACUAUGGGUUUGCAACAUCCAAAGAAGGACCCAGCCAUGAAGGUGCAAGGAGAAAAAAACAAGAUUCCGGAGAAGGGGCCAAUGAAUGA